GUUGUUGUGAGGGUGGCCUUAUGUAUUACAGCGCUACGGUUUGAUUUUUCUCAUGAAUAAUUCUAGACCAAAUGAGUUACUAGUUAACAAUUUCAAAAUACCUAAUUGGUCAGGUAAACCACCGUCAGGUCUGCAUCUAGAUGUACUGAAAGAUGGAAAACUGAUUCAGAAACUCAUUAUAGAUGAAAAAAGCUGCUAUUUUUUCGGUAGAAAUAAACAGUUAUGCGACUUUGCUGUGGAUCAUCAAUCCUGCUCACGUGUGCAUGCGGUUUUGGUAUGGCACAAAUUUUUGAGUCGGGCAUUCCUAAUCGACCUCGGAAGUGUUCAUGGGACCUUUAUUGGGAAAAUUAGGCUAGAACCUCACAAACCGCAGCAGGUUCCAAUCGACUCUGAAAUACAUUUUGGUGCAUCUACUCGUGUUUAUAUCAUCCGCGAACGUCCUAACCCUUUAUACAGUAUUUCCGGAAAUCCCUCGGAUCCGAACUCGCAAACAUUAGAUAGUAAUGGGACAAUUGGUCCAGAAAACCGUAAUAUCGAUGGAUCUGAUUCAACCGCACAUUCUUUGGGUUUACUUUACUCUCAUCUCCCUCAAUCUGAAGUUGAAUUAGACAAUUUAACUGAGUUUAAUACAGCCCACAACCGGCGUAUAAGUAGCAUGGUUGAUGUUGCCUCUAAUCCUACAAUUCCUACUAAUAAAGCACGUAAACGACCACUUCAGAAUGUGCACUUUAGUGACGCAGAUGAAGUUAUUAAUCCUGAAGAUGUUGACCCUUCUAUUGGGAGAUUUCGAAAUCUUAUACAGGAGACUUUCAUACCAAACAAGCGCGCUAAAGGCAGUCACGAAGGUGCUAGCUUGGGUGUUGCAGCCCCAGACCUACCUGAAACUUUCCGAACGACUGGGAAAAAUAGUGCAGACGGGAACAACUCUGUUCAUAACACGGGAAGCAGUUUGAUGCAUGUAAAGAACAUAUUUGGACCCCAUUACAGUCUGGCUUCUAAGCUUGGCUUACCUGUGCCAAAUCUUGCUCCGGAUGUUGAAAAUGAACCUCAAGAGCCAACUCUACCACCAACUGUAGCAAUGCUUCAUGCUUUUGCACACUCAAGACCUGGGACUUUGGGAAAUGCAUUUUCAGAAGGAAAAAAUACUGGGGGUGUAUCUAGACUCAGUGCAAGUGAUAUUUUGGGUACCUCGAAUGAACUAGACGGCGUUUCAAGUGCUGGUCAGGAUGCUGGACUAGAUAUGGGUCUAGUUGAAGCCAACUAUCCUAAAAAGAAGAAGUACGCCAAAGAGGCUUGGCCUGGCAAGCGCCCAGGGUUCUUAGUUGGACCUACGACCUAGCAUUUGUGCAUAUUUCCUUUUGUUAAUUUUCAUAGUACCUUGUGUUUUGUCGUUUUUGAAUAUGAUGACCAUCUUGUAUAUUCUUUCCAUUAAUUCUAUUAGGAGUUUUAUCAUUGACGUUGAUAUCGCUUUAAUAACCGACGGAAUGUACAAAACUGUUUUGUUUACCAUUAUAUGAUUACGAAAUUAUAAGUUCAUCAAUAUCGUUAAUUAUCAUGAUUCAUCAACGAAUUUUGUGAAAGCGCAAGAUAUCUGCGUUUUACGAAAAAUAAACUACUUUGUAAAUACAACAAUACUUUUAUUUAAAUAAUUUCCAAAUUUUGUAGCAGAUAUUAUUUCCUUCAAAACACGAUUCCAAACUUACAAUAA